AUAGUUUACUUGCUCACAAGAAAACAAUAUGCAUCUUGUAAAGCUACUUUUCUUUGUUUUAGUAUCCUGCUCUCGUGAUGUGUUAUCCCAAUAUUAUUAUACACAUUUCAAUACCUUAGUUCUGCCCAUAUUGAAGGACGCAGAAACAUCUCUUCACAGUGUUUCAUGGCUUCCUCGAGGAGAUAAACUCAUUGACCUCGAUGCUCCUUUCACAUGGCGAGAUUGUGUUGUGCGUAACCCUCCGAUGGUUGCUUGUGGUUUAGAGGAAGGAUGUAGAUUUCCCUUGAGAUGUGACAGAACUCUUUGCAAAGAAGCCCACUCUUAUAUCAAUCCUAGUUGCCCUUCUCUCAAUAUUACAGCAAAAUAUGGUUGCAAUAUAUGUGCAGUCACCCCGGUGAAUCCCGUCUCAAAGUCGUGCAAGUUAUCACAACUAACCACAGAUUUGGUCAUAUUUUACGGAACUGAUGGUCGAAACAUUGCUGUAUUGUCAGGUCAAACUUUUGGAGUAGAGCUGGUAGUAUCAUGUGCACCUUCCUCCUUGUUAAUAUCACUUCCUAAAGGUGUCGACGGAGUUGCAGCCUUUUCGUGGUCCGCUUUGGCUUUUCCACGUCAGGUCGAUAAACCUGACGUGGCAAACAAAUUUGUACUUUGUCUACCAAGUUCCUCAAAGACUCCUGGGGUGACAUUUUUAGGUGAUGGGCCUUUUUAUUUUACCUCUUUUCCAAAUCUUGAUCUUAGAAGCAUUCUUUCUUACACUCCAAUGGUAAGAAAGCAUAAGACAUCCCUUGGAUAUCAUAUUAGAAUCAAUAGGAUUUCUAUUAGAGGAAUAUCCAUUCCUAUACCAUCAAUAAAAAGUGCUUCUGUGAGGCUUAGUACCGUCACCCCAUACACGAAACUCAGAAGUGAUAUCUAUAAAGCCUUUGUUUCAAGUUUUUCAAUGGCUACCACGAACAUUCCUCGACUAAAAUCAGUUCAACCCUUUAGUCUGUGUCUAAAAUCUAGUGCGGUCGGAUCUGUUGAGAAAGGAUUUCGGGUUCCAACAAUUGAUCUUGAAAUGGAAAGCGGUAAAAAGUGGACAAUAUAUGGUGACAACUCGAUGAAGCGCGUUGGGAAUGGCACCGCAUGUCUUGCAUUCCUCGAUGGUGGUUUAAAAAUGAAAGAUGCAAUUGUGAUUGGGACAUUUCAGAUGGAGAACAAUUUCUUGUUCUUGGAUCUAGAGAAUCAAAAGUUGGGUUUCAGUUCAUCUUUACUAGCUCGAGGAACCUCUUGUGGUAGCUUCAACUUCACCGCUAUUGUAGAAUGACAAGUUUGGCCGUUUGGGUGAGAGUUAACAGGUCUAAUGUGUCAUUUGUUAAAGUUUACUUUUAGUGUAUUAUGUACUAAUGUAUAAUGAUUGUAUGUGUCAGCUAAAACCUAGAAACUGAAUAUGAAUCAUCACGUCGAUUCAUCAAAGGUCACGAUGGUUUAGGUUAUAUGAACCCAAACGAGUUUGUAUAAAUAAGCAGAUCGAUUGUUCAAUAAAAUUCGUUUGCUUUGUGUUA